UUGUUCAUGAUUUACAGUCAUUCUAGGAGAUGUUAAGUUGUAAUUAUAUACGAAUCCAAUGUGCUAAACACUUUGGAUCUAAGCGCUGCUUUGAGAAUCGUUGCUAUGUUGCAACAAGACAUCAGCAUCAGAAUGCGUCCAAGAGAUCUUAUGAAAUUCUUGGAGUGUCCGAAGAUUGUGAGGACGAAACUUUGAGACUGGCAUUUGUACAUUUGGCUAAAAAAUUUCAUCCUGAUGGUAGAAGCUCUGAAGCUGAUCCUGUUAGAUUCACAGAGAUAGAAAAAGCAUAUAGAGAUAUUCAACGUAGUCGAAGUGAACAGCGGGAACGGGAAUCGAAAAUUCAACCACAAAUAGAUGAGCAUGAUAUUAAGCACACAGCACCACAGCACCGACGCUACUUGAACUAUGAUGUUGGAAUUGGUACUCCUAGCAAAAGACAAAGGCAAUACAGUAUUGAGCGCGCUCAAAAAGCAGUGGACAAUAUUAUGGAGCAUAGAUUGAAAAAGUUACAGGCUGAGGAACGCAAUACUUUAAUGGGAAUGGAUAAAGAACGAGCUAAAGACAUAAAAACGCGUUACGGGAUGGAUCGUCUGGUUGAAGAUUUAAUUCAGGAAGCGAUGAAUAAAGGAGAAUUCUCGGAUCUACCUGGUUCUGGUAAACCACUGAAGAAUUUUCGUACUACGGAAAAUCCUUACGUGGAUUUUGUCACACAUAAACUUAAUCAGGUUCUGAUAGAUAAUGGUUUCACUCCGGAGUGGAUUCAGUUGUCUAAAGAAAUCAGAGAGGAAAAGGAUGAUUUACAAAAACGAUUAAUUGAGGCACGUAAUCGUUUGGGAACUACACCACUGUCAGAAGAGGACUUAGAAUCCUGGCAAAAUACCUUGGAGAGCUUAAAAAUUGUGACUAAGAAAAUUAAUGAUAAAGUUGAUAAGUAUAACUUAUUAGUACCGAUACUGCAGAAACAAAUGUUGCAAGUAAAUCUAGAUGCUCUCGCAGAGGAGGCUCUAACUAAACCAGUUGUACCAGUCGAAAAACGAAUGUCGAAAAAUUGUAUGACUAAUAGAAAUCAGGAUCAUGGUGAUAUUUUCAGUGCGCUCUUAUCUUUUUUGGACCGAAAACAUACUUAG